CAGGGUAGCUAAACUAGAAGAUGUUGUCUAUCCUGUGUAAUGUAGUGUCUCUCUGGCUCCCCCUACAGGUGCCUCUGAUGCUGAUAGAAGGUGUGGAGUGCAGAGACAUGUUUCAACUGCACAUCGUCUGCAAGGACUCGAAAGUUGUCAGAUGCCACUUCUCCACGUUCAAGCAGUGCCAAGAGUGGUGGAAACGUCUGAACCGGGCCAUAGCGCACCCUGGCAAGCUGGAGGAUCUGUUCGCCCUGGCCUACCACGCCUGGUGUCUGGGGAGCAGCACUGAUGACGAGGACCAGCACCUACACCUCUGUAGACCAGGUGAACAUGUUCAUCCGAGGCUGCAGAUGGACGGUGCUGUCCUGGGGCUGUGCUCCAGCUAUCCCCAGAAGCUGCUGGUUCCAGUGUGGAUCACAGACAAGGAGCUGGAGAGUGUGGGUUCCUUCAGAUCCUCCAAUAGAAUCCCUGUGGUCGUCUAUAGGUGGCGCACCCUGGCAAGCCUGAGAUCUGUUCGCCCUGGCCUACCACGCCUGGUGUCUGGGGACAGCACUGAUGACGAGGACGGCAGCACCUACACCUCUGUCGACCAGGCUGUGCUCCAGCUAUCCCAGAAGCUGCUGGUUCCAGUGUGGAUCACAGACAAGGAGCUGGAGAGUGUGGGGUUCCUUCAGAUCCUCCCAAUAGAAUCCCUGUGUCGUCUAUUAGACACCAGAGAACGGGCAGUGAUCGCCCGCUGCAGCCAGCCAGAGAUCAGCUGGUGGGGCUGGAGGAACACAGAGGAUGAGUACCUGGUAACAUCCAUCGCCAAAGGCCUGUCUGAUGGACCCCGGAACAAGGUUCACCUGUGGGCCCCAGCCUGCAGCCAGCCCCGAGGGAAGGGCCAGGACAGCUCUGACAGCGACUUCGACUCCUCUCUGACAGGAUGCCCAGGCCCUGAUGCCAACACUGCGCCACAAAAGCUUCUUAUCCUCGAUGCUCGUUCCUACACCGCCGCAGUGGCCAAUCGUGCCAAGGGAGGUGGCUGUGAGUGUGAAGAGUACUAUCCUAACUGUGAGGUGAUGUUCAUGGGCAUGGCCAACAUCCACUCCAUUAGGAACAGCUUCCAGUCCCUCCGAGCCGUCUGCAGCCAGAUCCCUGACCCUGGCAACUGGCUGUCUGCUCUGGAGAGCACCCGUUGGCUGCAGCACCUGUCCGUCAUGCUGAAGGCAGCCACUCUGGUGUGUUCUGCGGUGGAAAGGGAGGGACGUCCUGUCCUGGUGCAUUGUUCAGACGGUUGGGACCGUACCCCCCAGAUUGUGGCUCUCGCCAAGAUCCUGCUGGACCCGUUCUAUAGGACACUAGAGGGUUUCCAGGUGCUGGUGGAGACGGAGUGGUUGGACUACGGUCAUAAGUUUGGCGAUCGCUGUGGUCACCAGGAGAAUGCUGCCGACGUGAGUGAGCAGUGCCCCGUCUUCCUCCAGUGGCUGGACUGUGUUCAUCAGCUGUUCAAACAGUUCCCGUGCCUCUUCGAGUUCAACGAAGCCUUCCUGGUACGUACACUACACCUUGACUUCUUACCAUCUCUCUCUCUCUAUCUCCUUCUUUGUCAAUCUCUCUUUUCUUCACACAUUCACUCUUUGGGCUGUUGCUGUUCUGUAAGUGCCCUAGGUCCCUCGUAUGUGGAGCUGUGUAGUAGGGACCUACUGUUCAAGCGGGUGCAGCACACGUACUCGUGUCUGUACGGGACGUUCCGAACUUCCAGAAAACUUCCUCUUUACCCCGGUCAUGAUAUGGUGUUGCAACCGGUGUGCCACACCCGGGCCCUGCAGCUGUGGACGGCCGUCUACCUGCCCACCUCUUCCCCUUGCACCUCUGCCGAGGACGCCAUGGAGCUCUACCUGUCCCCCAGCGUACAGGGAGACGAGCUCACCUCACGGUCCCUGGACAGGCUUCCUAAGACUCGCUCCAUGGACAACCUGGUGUCUGCCUUUGAGAACGGGGUGGCCCUCACCCGCACCUCCAGCGACCCCAACCUCAACAAGCACUGUCAGGAGGGCCGCACUGCCCAUGGCCUGGAGCCUAUGGCUUCUGUAGGAGGAGGGGCCGCACCCGACAGCCCCGAGGACGUCAGCCCUGACACGGGAUUGGAAAGCGACGACUCGGAGGUGCAGCCCGUCACCCAGACUCCUCCUACCACACCCGUGGAGAUGGAGCAGAGGGAAGAGGACUUCGAGGAGGCGGAGAUGAGAGAGGAGAUCUGUCUCACCACCCAGCCCCUGCCCUCCCUGCCCCUCCCCCCCAUCGCUCUGGAGCAGGGCCUCACCCACUUCCCCCCUCUCCCCCUGCUCACACCCAUCCUCCACCAGGCCCUCUCCCAGACCACUAGCCCCCCAGUUCCUCCCCCUCGACUGCCACAUCAGACGGCUGACAGUCACUCCAGGACUGCCUCGGUCACUACCCGUCCUGGCUGCAUACCAUCACCACCUGCCUGGAAGGGCCCACUACCGGCAGCCGUUCUGAACGGGCCUAUCACCAACGGCCUCCAGAACGUCCCCUCCGCUUCUGCAGAGCUGCUGGCACUCGAGCAGCUAGUUCCCAUGUUCCCUACGGCCAUGGAGGACUCCACCGAGACGCUUACGGACGAAGCAGAGGCCCCACCAACGCUGCCCCCUAGCAGGAGAGAAAGUCUAGGCCAGCCCAAAGCCCUAGAAUGGGCCUUACCCAGAGAGGAGAGAGAGGGGAAGAGGACAGAGAGUGUGAGUGGUAGAAACUUGGUGCCUCUGAGAGAAUGUGUGGUAGCAGUACCAACAUCAAAGGAAGCAGCAUCCUCCGCCUCCACAGUGCCCCCUGUUGACAACAGCCAGGCGGUGGCAUUGCGACGCCCGGUCUCCCAGAGCCAACUGCGUGUCAGUGAGGAGCUGUCUCUGCUGGGCUCUCACUGGGAGAGUGUCCAGGGCAUAGUCCAGUCUGCCUGCAGCACUGCAGCCAGCCACUCUGGCCUCUCAGCCAACCUCUCGUCAGGCUUCUGUCGGGCCCUCCAGCCCACGGCCUACCAGAGCCGACGCCUGGCUGGCAAGCUGCUGCGCACCCAGGGCAUGGCCGUGCCUAACGGGGUGCCUAACGGGGGUUGGCAGUACGGCCGGAGGGAGGAAAGGAUCCGCUCCUCGGCUCCAGCCCCAACCACCUCCAGCCCUGUCAAGUCAGGGUCCAGCUGGCUCUCUGCAGUCAGGAGCAGCUCGGGCUACGCUGCCAUCAUGGGUCCAACCACCACCAGCUCACCACCCACCUUUUCAACCUGCCAGCUCCUCCCAGCCUCUCCCUGCUCCUCAGCCUCCCCUUUGCCCCACCCGGCCUACCUGGAUGAUGAUGGGCUGCCGGUGCCAAUGGACGCGGUGCAGCAGCGCCUCAGGCAGAUGGAGGCGGGGUAUAAACAGGAAGUGGAGGUGCUGAGAAGCCAGGUGCGCCAGCUGCAGAUGAGGCUGGAGAGGAAACAGUACAGCACGCCGCCCUCCGAGCCUGACGUCGACUACGAGGACGACAUUCAGGAACUGUGGCAAUGUGUUCUGUAAAGACUGCUGCCACCUGAAGCUGCCCAUCCCAGACCAGCAGCUGUAUGACCCUGUCUUGGUGUGUAACGUCUGCUACGACCUGCUGCUGGAGGCUAGGAACAGAGAGAUCCGCAGCCAGCAGUUCAAGAAGCCCAUCGCCACAGCCUCUAGCUGAGAGACAGGAGAGAGAGAGCCCUUUACUGAAUGGCUCAGUCUGGCCUGGCUUGGCUCGGUUCAGCUUGGCCCAGUUAGGACCUGGAUCAGCACCAUCUUGGAUCAGCUUUUGGACAGACAUGAGCCAAGUGCCCCAUUUUCCCACUACCCUAACAUGGUCUGGUCUUGGCUGUGGGGGAAGAUGAGAAGGACUUGUUGCUCUGUGGAAGGGAGGCAAAGCUUGAGAAUGGAGAGAGGCCGCUGACUGCUGGGGAUGAGAGACACCGAGUGGAGUAGAAGAGGGGAUGGUAGUGAAUGAACUGUAGGAGGAAGAGGAGCAGAUGUUAUAGAGGCUAUCCCACUGAGUUUAACCCCUUUUGG